CGUUUACGUGUAAUUAUGUCUGAAAAAGAAUAUUUUUCCACAAAGACAUCCUACGAGGUUGCUGCCGCUGCAUUGAAAUUGCCAGUUGUGUCUGUGCCACAUUCAUGUUCUAACGCCACUGAAAGUAAUUCCUUCCGCGAAAGUGAUCUUAAGCAUGUGUGUUUAAGGAAAAGUGAAAAAUAUUGUGAGGCAGUUCAGUCGCCCGGAAAGAAUUUUCUACUGCUUUCAUCGACCAUACCUAGAAGUGAGGAAGAUCAUUAUCAAAAAAUUUCAUCAAUGGUUCAAUCGGCCAUCAGAAAGCCACAGGUUGGCGAAACUGAUUCUUGCCUAUUUACAAGUAGUCACAGUGCAAUUAAUAGCACUUCAGUGAUUAUAUCUCAGACACCACGAAUUCACAGUGUCGGUCAAGUAACUAACUCUUCAAGAUUUACUAAUCUGGCUGCCGAAAAUGAUCCCACCAAUGAUUCAAAUAGUGUAAUUUCGCGAUCAUCUCCAUUGCGGUACUCAACCUUACAUACAGUCUCUCUUCAGCCUGAUCAUCAACAGGAUUAUCUUAAUCAUCACCCGAAUAACAACAAUAAUGAUACCACUGUUAAUAACAAUAGUAGUGGAUAUCAGUGGGCAUAUGAUAUGUCUUUGGACUUACGUUACAAAACCGUUGAGGGAUCGGGCAAUGAUAAGUCGUCGGUGAAACAGAUACGUGAUCGUCAUCACCAUCAUCAUCAUCAAUCUGCCCAUGAGGAAACAAACAUCGAACAGCCAGACAGGGCAAUUGUGAUAGCACAAGCCAACAACAGCAAUCAACAUUACAGCGAUAUCGCGAACGUUGGAGAUCACCACUCGCACGAUCAUAUCGCAGACGUUAGUCCAGAUUCGGGAGUAAUGAGAAGUGGUUUGCUUACAGUGUCAUAUCCAAAUUACGUUCAGCUUACAAAUCACCAUCAUCCGCAUCAAAGUUCCAAUAGCGGCGACAAUAAUCAUGAGAAUCAUCAAACUAGUAAUGGGUCACAUCAUCAUCAGCACAAUGCCAGCAAUACUACAAUAGAUGAAGUUAUUGCUGAUACAUUAAAGGAUGAAAAUUGUGGGAUCGAUCAAAUGAACCAUGCAGACAAUACUCAUCACUUUCUAAAUUUGGGGACUGAAGCUCCCACAGAAAUUCAUCAAUUAAAGAGCAUUCCUGAAAGUGGAUACGUAAAUCAUAGUUCAGUGACGUCAAGUGGUGCGGAUUCUAGAAGUCCUCCCGGUUUACCACAAGAAGAAUUCGACGGCGGACUUCAGAGUUUCACACAACUCACAAGUGUUGUACACAGAAACAGCAUAUACGCCCCACCAGCCACUUCAGCAAAUAUCCAGAGUGAACACGCUGGAGGACAAGGGAUAACGAGCGGUGGGGAUAGUAGUACAGGAGCAGGCGGAGGAUAUGACCACCUGCAUUCAGCAGUAUUGUCUCUCUCUGGCAGUGAAUGUAUGGGUGUUAUGUGUCCAUAUCCACGCUCAUCGAUUACAUCUCUGUCUAACGCGGGAACAAUGCAGUUUUUUAGCAGCAGCCCGACACACGAUGGAUCUCAUAUUUGGUCAUCAAAUACAAUUGGUCUUGCUGCUCCUGAGGAUUACACUGGGGGUACUCCGAAGGGGAGCCUUCCUGCUUUUCAGCGUAUUACAUCCAAUGCUAACAGCUUCACACCAACUCACGUUUCCCGGACUAAUCAGUACACAACAUCUCUGUCUACCUAUGGCAGCCAGGGGGAUUCAUGGUCCAAUCACUACGAUUCUUCAGUGUUAAGCUAUGGAGGAACUACUACUGGUGGGAGCAGAAAUCGUACCAAUGCUCCUCAUCUAUCUGCAGCCGCAUCAUUAACUGCCAUGGCCGCCGCUGAAAGCGGGGAUUUCUAUAAGUCCUACUAUCCCUUUAACCCUCUGCCGCCUCGUGUACCAGAGGAAAAGUCAAGCAGACGAUUGAGUGCAUCUCGAAGAGUGGGUCUUUGCUGCACGAAUUGUCGUACGACAAACACAUCUUUGUGGAGACGAAAUACUCUCGGCGAGCCAGUCUGUAACGCCUGCGGUUUAUACUACAAGCUACACAAUGUGAAUCGCCCAGAGACAAUGAAAAAAGACACCAUCCAGACACGUAAAAGGAAGCCGAAAGGUAGUAAGAAUUCAUCUGAUUCAAGUUUAAAUUCUGGAAAACAUUCAUCUAAUACGUUAACUGAUGCAACGAAAGAAUUGCGUGCGUUGACUUCCAUUCAUCACACCACACAAUUAAAUAGUGGAAGUACUCAUCAAAGUGGGAAUCCAUCGUUGACCAGUUCGACAUCGCCACAUUCUCAGCAACAGAAUCUAUCGCCCAACAAUCAUCAAAACCUAUCACCACUCCCUUAUUCACCCCAGGGAGCGUCACCUGGUGUUGUGACUGCAGGAACUUUGGGCAUUGGUACAGCUAAUGCCAGCAAAUUCUUACAAAAGUCUCUCUAUAAUCAGAUUGCUACUAGUGGUGCUAAUUCAACAAAUUUGUACCAAAAUUCUGGACAAGUUGCAUUUAGUACAGAGGCGUCUAACAUUUAUUUUGAUAUUAUCAACAACUCAAAUGCAAAUCACAGUAAAAUUGACACAAGUCAACAUAUCUCACGAAGCCCAUCAGUGGAAGAUGAGCACGAGUGUCAACGAGACAUGAUAGUACCGCAUAAAAAUUAUUCCGUAAAAAUAGAAACGGAAUGAAGACAUUACAGUUCAAAUUCACUUUUGUUCUACAAGUGUUCUACAAAUUGAUUUUAAAAAAAUGUACAUAAAAAUGAUAAUAUUUAGAAAAUAUUUUAGAAUUUUUCUUAAAAACCUUUAUUAUACAUCAAUAUAUCCAUUGCACUAUAAUUACAUACCUGUGUUAUUAGGUGAGAUUCUUAACAAUCUCACCUACUAUUUUUUAUAUAUCACAUUUCAUAAAAUUGAUUUUCUAAUUAUAAGCAUAGAGAUAUAAAGAUUUAUUUGAAAUUUAGAAAAAAGUUAUUGAUAAUUGUACAUAAAUAAUACCUAGGAUUUCCAUACUUUCUAGAAAAACCAUUCCGAUUAAAAUAAUGAAAGAUAUCAUAAAACAUUCGAACAUAAGCUAACUAUGAAUCUCUAUAUUUUUUACAAUUGUAUACUUUUUCAUAAUAUAAGGGAAAGUACUCUCCCUUCGAACAUUCAUGCCUUCGAAUAAUGUGAAUUUCUUUUACUUUUCCUAAGAGACUUACACAUAAUUAUCAAUAAAUUGAUGAUAAGCUAACUAAUAUUUAAUAGAAAUGUGGAAUUCUCUUAGGAAAAAUAAAAGAAAAUUCACAUUAUUCAAAGGCAUAAACGUUCGAAGGGAGAGUACUUUCCCCUACAUUGAAUAAUUUAUCGAUGUAACUCUCUUAAAUAAGAUUUAUAGUAAUAAAAUUUAUAUCGAAAUAAAGAUAUUUACAUACUUGGCUAUGUAUACCAAAAA